AUGAAUGCUGAUACUUGUGUUUCUUAUUGUGAUCCGGCUGCCAUGGAUUCCUACUACAACGCAGCCUCCCAGAGCACAGAGGGCUCCUCGCCUUUUAGGGCAUUUCAAGCAAGUGACAAGUUCAGCCCUACUUUCCUGGCCAGCAAAGGACAAGGCUUUGGUGACAGCAGCAGUAAGUGCCGGAGCCGCUAUAGCCAGCAGGAAUGCCAGUCCCUGGAUGGCAGCGGCCAGGCUCCCAGCUCUGCUGGGGCACAAGGCUCCUUUAACAAAUACCAGCAGCAGCAGCAGCAGCAUCUCUACAUGCAACGAGGCCCCUGCAAAACUCCCCCGGAGAGCAACCUCAAGCUGCAGGAGACCAGCAGCCACAACGGAACCCUGCAGGUCUCCUGCUACGGGAAAGAGAGCUCCUUGGGAGAGGCUGAGUUACAGCCAAGCUCUGACCCUGUGGGAAUGGACGGCAGCUACCUCAGUGUGAAGGAGGCCGGGGUGAAGGUGCCCCAAGACAGGGCCAGCACUGACCUCCCCAGCCCCAUGGACAAGGCCGACUCGGAGAGCAACAAGGGCAAGAAGAGGCGGAACCGCACCACCUUCACCAGCUACCAGCUGGAGGAGCUGGAGAAAGUCUUCCAGAAGACCCACUACCCAGACGUCUAUGCCAGGGAGCAACUAGCCAUGAGGACUGAUCUCACUGAGGCCCGAGUACAGGUUUGGUUUCAGAACCGACGGGCAAAAUGGAGGAAGCGAGAGCGGUUUGGUCAGAUGCAGCAGGUUCGCACCCACUUCUCAACAGCCUAUGAGCUGCCCCUCCUAACCCGAGCAGAGAACUACGCACAGAUCCAGAACCCAUCCUGGAUUGGCAACAAUGGCGCCGCUUCCCCGGUCCCUGCCUGCGUGGUCCCCUGUGACACGGUGCCCUCCUGCAUGUCCCCCCACGCUCACCCCCAUACAGCUGGCGGCGUCUCCGAGUUCCUGAGUGUCUCCGGCCCUGGCAGCCACGUGGGACAGACUCACAUGGGCAGCCUCUUCGGCACCGCUGGGAUCAGCCCGGGCAUCAACGGCUACGAGCUGAGCGGCGAGCCUGACCGCAAAACCUCCAGCAUCGCGGCCCUGAGGAUGAAGGCAAAGGAGCACAGUGCUGCCAUCUCCUGGGCGACAUGA